UUCUUGCAGUGCGAGGAUGUCGUCCCGGAAAGAUCGUUCAGAUGACGGAGGCAGAAGUGCGAGGCCUGUGUAUAAAGUCUCGUGAGAUCUUCCUCAGCCAGCCCAUUCUGCUGGAACUGGAGGCCCCUCUAAAGAUUUGCGGUGACAUCCAUGGUCAGUACACAGACCUUCUCCGGUUGUUUGAAUACGGGGGCUUCCCUCCAGAAGCCAAUUACCUCUUCCUGGGCGAUUAUGUGGACAGAGGGAAGCAAUCUCUGGAGACCAUCUGUCUGCUUUUUGGCGUAUAAAAUCAAAUAUCCAGAGAACUUCUUCCUGCUUCGGGGAAACCACGAGUGCGCCAGCAUCAACCGGAUCUACGGCUUCUACGAUGAAUGCAAACGGAGGUUCAAUAUAAAGCUGUGGAAGACGUUCACCGACUGCUUCAACUGUCUGCCGAUCGCCGCCAUCGUGGAUGAGAAGAUCUUCUGCUGCCACGGAGGACUUUCUCCCGAUCUGCAGUCCAUGGAACAGAUCCGCAGAAUCAUGAGGCCCACAGAUGUCCCUGACACAGGUUUACUGUGCGACUUGUUGUGGUCGGAUCCCGAUAAAGAUGUACAAGGCUGGGGGGAGAAUGACCGCGGCGUCUCCUUCACUUUUGGGGCAGAUGUCGUUAGCAAAUUCUUGAACCGACACGACCUGGAUCUGAUUUGUCGAGCUCAUCAGGUAGUAGAAGAUGGAUAUGAAUUCUUUGCCAAGCGGCAGCUGGUCACCCUGUUCUCCGCCCCGAACUACUGCGGGGAGUUUGACAACGCGGGGGGCAUGAUGAGCGUGGAUGAGACCUUGAUGUGCUCCUUCCAGAUCUUGAAGCCAUCGGAAAAGAAAGCGAAGUACCAGUAUGGCGGUCUGAACUCCGGCCGCCCCGUGACGCCCCCUCGGACAGCGAACCCGCCGAAGAAGAGGUGA